CUUGUACUGAACGUCCACCCCCACGGCGCGUCAACCGGAUAAAGUAGUCGCGAGUCAGUGCUAGUUUGCGCGAUCAUCCCGGCGUGAACAAAUCUUGACUACACAGUAUCUUCAAGUUGACUGCGCUAUCAGCUGCACGAUGACGAUCUACAGCCUCUACAUCUACGAUAGGCAUUGCAACUGCGUGUACUACCAAGACUGGCACCGCACCACGAAGCCCCGCACCGCACUCGAGGGUGGGCUCCUCCCCGCCGUGUCCGCCGCGGUCUACCCCAAGCAAGAGGACCCCGCGCCCGACGCAGCCGGCUCACGCUGGGGCACACCGCGCAACACGCUCAACUCCGCGACGGGCGUCGUCGUCGCGGUCAACGAGGACGCACCGCGAUCGCCGCUCCCCCCGCCGCGCGCGAACACGCCCCCGCCCGCGCAGCAACAGGCGCAGUCGCAGCAGAGCGCGGCGCUCACGUUUGACGAGGAGGCGAAGCUCGUGUACGGCGUCGUGCUCUCGCUGAGAAACUUGACCAGGAAGCUCUCCGGCAGGGACGACCAGUUCGUAAGCUAUACGACGUCGACGUACAAGCUGCAUCUCUACGAGACGCUCUCGGGCUACAAGUUCGUCAUACUCAGCGACCCCAAAGCCGACUCGCUGCGUUUCGUCCUCCGUCAGAUAUACGCGGGCCCGUUCCUGGAGUAUGUCGUCCGGAACCCGCUCGCACCCAUGGACUCGAAGGAACAGGGAAUCGACAACGAGUUCUUCCGAUUAAGCACGGACAGGAUGGUACGAGGAUUGACUGUAUUCGAUUGACAGUGGCAUCCACUACUCCUGGAAUGCUUACCGACGCCAUGUUGACACGUCACAUGCCGUAUGGGCAUCCAGACACACAUCUGGUCGGUGGUCCAUCCGUCAAUGCG